GGCUUUGUGGCUGCGAUCUCUCCCUUCAACUUCACCGCCAUCGGAGGAAACUUAGCAGGAGCCCCAGCGCUGAUGGGCAACGUGGUCCUUUGGAAGCCCAGUGACUCGGCCAUGCUGUCCAGUUACGCCGUCUACCGGAUCCUCCUGGAAGCCGGGCUGCCUCCCAAUGUCAUCCAGUUUGUCCCAGCAGAGGGCACCACAUUCGGGGACACCGUGACUGGCUCGGAGCACCUGGCUGGCAUCAACUUCACCGGCAGCGUCCCGACUUUUAAGCGUCUUUGGAAGCAGGUCUCUGAAAACCUCGACCACUAUCGUACCUUCCCUCGGCUGGCUGGGGAAUGUGGAGGGAAGAAUUUCCACUUUGUCCACGCCUCGGCUGACGUGCCCAGC